UUAAAUUAUAUAUUAAAAUAUAUGGGUAAUAAUUGUACUGGUUAGUGUGCAGGUUGCUAUAAAAGAGACAUAGAAAUAUUAGUAAGGAUCUUAAAUUGUAUUCAUAGAAAAGUGAAUAACAUCAAGUAUUAUCAGAGAAACCAUAUGAAUCAUUAAGCAGAAAAAGUUCUAAAAAUUAUCUAUAAGAUGCUAUCCCUUUGGGUAGUAAGUGUGAGAUAAAUACAAAACCUAUAACAAAAAGUGUUGUAGAUAUUGUGGGAGAUAAAUCAAAAAAAACAAAGGCUAUAAUAAAAAUCUAGUCUUAAUGGAGAGGUUAUUCAGUUAGAAAAAAGGUUCCAUUUUUGAAUUAAGUUAAAACAAGUGUUGAAACAGAAGUAAGUAAAACAACAGGUAGUUACUUUGAAAGAUUAGGAAAUGAAUAAAAAUUAAAAAAGUAAAUGAAUAUACUUAUUUAAAAGAUUAGCAAAAAUGUAUAAUGGUUAAUGGUUAGGUAAAGAGAGACAUGGUAAAGGUAUUUAAAGUUGGCCAGAUGGAGCAAUAUAUGAUGGUGAUUGGGAACAUAAUAAAGCUAAUGGGAGAGGAAUAUUUCGUCAUGCUGAUAAGAUUGAAUAUGAAGGGUAAUGGAAGAAUAGUAGGGCAUGUGGUUUUGGUAUAAUGAGAUCUCCUAAUGGAGCAUAUUAUGAAGGUGAAUGGGAGAAUGAUCUUUAACAUGGAUAUGGGAAAGAGAAGUGGGCUGAUGGUUCAAUUUAUGAAGGUCAAUAUUAUAGAGGAUUAAAACAUGGAAAAGGAAAAUAUAUAUGGAAGGAUACAAGUUAUUAUGAAGGAGAUUGGUAAAAUAAUAAGAUUCAUGGAUUGGGAGCAUAUCAUUGGUUUGAUGGUAGAGGUUAUAUUGGAUAAUGGUUAAAUGGUAUGAUGAAUGGACAUGGGGAAUAUAGUUGGAGUGAUGGUAGAAAAUAUGUUGGAGAAUAUUAAAAUGAUUAAAAACAUGGUUAUGGAGAAUAUAAAUGGGUAGAUGGAAAAGUAUUUAGAGGAAUGUGGUAAAAAGGAGUUUAACAUGGAGAAGGAGUUUAUGUGACUGUUGAUGGAAGAACUAAAAAAGGAUUAUGGUAAGAAGGUAAAUUAGUUUAAUGGUUGAAAUGA